CUUUCAGUUGGGACACGUUGGAGUGGCGCAGAAUAAUAAGAGCAGGAACACCCUGAGCGUCGAGGUGAAUAAAAAACUGACGGUAAUAACAGCGGGAAGACUUCAAAGGGGUCGGAUUUAGAGAACUGGUCUCUUUCCAUAAGUGGAUUUCCCCGAAGAAGCGCAAUGCUACUUGGAAGGCUGCUUCUGAUUCUUUAUUUGAAAGUUUGCUUUUUCAGCACUCACUGCAGAAAAGAAUGGAGAGUCACACGAGUCCCAGAGAAACUGUCGGCGGUCCGUGGAUCUUGUGUGGUGAUUCCCUGUAUGGUUUACCUUCCGGCCAAAGGAGUUGCAGCGAGCAGGAUAACGGCGAUUUGGAGGAUGGCGGACCACGGAGAUGUUUUCAACUCCAGAGGCGCCAAGGUGCUGAGUGGCUUUAUGGGACGGACCGCCCUGCUUGGGAAUGUUGCAGACCAGAACUGCUCUCUGCAGAUCCAAAACCUUCGGCACGAGGACAACGGCUCCUACUACUUCAGAAUCGAAGUGAAGGGACUGAACAAUUACAGCUUUAUAAAUAACAUGGUGACGCUGCAAGUGACAGAUACUCCAGAAACACCAACUAUUUCUCACCUCAAGGGGCAAAAGGUGGGUGACGUCAUCCUGCUGUCGUGUUCCACCUUCCACUGGUGCCCGAGCCACCCACCAACAAUGACGUGGAACUACACGAGUGUCAAUUCACCCGUUAAGCACACACACGUCAAAGAUGGCAUGUGGCAGCUGUUUUCACUGCUCUAUUUCGUGGCUGUGAAGAAGACGCUUGGCAGUGUGGUGACGUGUACGGUGGAGUAUCCGGGAGGAGCUCGGGCCCGAGCCUCGGUAUUCCUGCAGAUAAAAUAUAAACCCGAGAUUCUUCCCGAGUCUGGCUGUCUCAUCGCCAACACAUCGGUGACCUGCCAUUGUCUUGUGGACUCCUACCCUCCAGCAGACAUAAAGUGGUUCUCUCCCAACUUGGAUCUUCCAAACGCCACCAGUUUGUGGCAGGGCAGACUGAAAAGGGGGAUUUUACAAAAAGCCAUUCCGUGGGAAGAAAGCAUCACCUGCUCUGCGUCCAACCCGCUGGGAGAAGCCCUGAUGUCGUUCUUGCCCACCAGAAAGGAUAAGUACGUGUAUGUGGCGAUCACUGCGGCCAUCGUCUUACUUGCUGCCCUGACACUGGGACUUCUGUACUUCAGGAGAUGGAGGAAGAUCAGGGGGACAUCAUGUGCUACAAGAUCAGCAGAACCCAACAGCGACGUUUCAACGACUAUCUAUGAAAAACCUGAGGAUUUUAAGUAUGAGGAACAGAAUAAGGAAGAGGACUAUGAGAGCAUGCAGCAGGGCAACCUUUACGAGAACAUCGAGCUUUCGGCAAGAAACUCAAAAUGUGCAACUGACUCGAAUGAUGAAGCAUCUGAGUAACUCUGACGACGGCCACAGUCAUGUCAACUCCGUGAUGGUUUAUGAUUGGCCAAUGAUGUCACAUGACAUGGCUGUAGUAAAGCUUGUUACUCAACAAUUGUUCAUUGUACUGAAUAUAAAAACUCUAAAGGUAGACUGGUGUUACUGUAACUCUCUCUCUCAAGGCACAUGGGUCAGGACAGGUAUUGUAAAUUCUACUUUGACAUCUCUU